AUGGAACAAUAUCAUAUUGGGAGCGAGGCAACUUUCAGUGCAUUGCUCAGUACUCAGUUCCAAGCAAAGAUUGCUCAGGCGUGCAAUUUCAUGCAUUUCAGGGGACCAGAAACGCUCAUAAGCAAUCCUGAAAGGUGUAACGCCCAGCCUGGCACAUCCCAUCGGCCGCCAAACCAGCCGCGUUCUGAAGCUCAGUGCAUUCACUCUCUGCGCCCUUCUUCGCCUCUGCGCACCAUACAGAUCAGCCGCCCAGCCAAGCCGCCGCAAGUCCUUGUCUGCGCCCAGCCACCCGACGGCGUUGAAUCUGGCCGCUCCGCCCAGGUUCUGCACACCCAAACUCGCCGCUGUCGGUCAAGCUUCAUGCACGCAUCACCCGUACCAAAUAAAUUUUCGAGAUCAUAA